CGUCGGUGGUUGUUGGUAUUGCUCGAACGUUCGCAAAAAACUGUUGAAAAUACUUGGAUAAAAUACUUGUGUGACAAAAUAGCAAUUAAACAAUUAAUUCUGUUGUGUGAAGAGUUUUAAAUAGCGUGUGCAAAAUGUAUUUUUUGGCAUUGCUUGCGUUCAUUGGAAAUGCCAAAGAUGGAAACGCGGUGAGCUCGAGUCUAGUUCCCGGUGGCCACUGCCGGGACUACAACGGGAAGCUGUACGAGACGGGCAUGCACUACAUGCCUGGACCCGACUCCUGCCGUCUGUGCACCUGCGACAGCGGACUACCCAAGGCCUGCAAGAUGGUGCUCUGCGAGGCGUUCAGCAAGUGCAAGUCGUUUCAGACUGUUGGCAGCGGCAAUAACUGCUGCGAGGUUAUCUGCCUGGAUGACCAGUUCAGCGACGGGAGCACCGACUUUGGCAUUUGA